AUGUCGCUUGUGUCGGAUCAAGUGCGGCGCCUAGAUGCCUACCUGGAUCGUUUGCCCGUUAUUUCGGAACUCUCUUCAGAUGACGGCCACUCGGAUGUGGAAGAGCGCACCUUUGUGGCCGCCGAUGCCUUUUCUUCGCCAAGACUGGAUCAGCUACUUCGGGUCGUCCAGUCGCUAAGUGUGACUUCAGCUUCUGGUUCGGUUCUGCCACUCCAACGCGUCAGAAACCUCCUCCAGCAGUCCGGCCUACCCUCCCUGAAAAAGCAACAACUGCACGGACUCGCUCAGGACGUCGGGCAGCCAGAGCCCAAGAGCGCUUACGAGGACGAAAUCGAGUGGCUGUUGGUCACCAAAGCCACAGUCCACAUCUAUGGAGCCAUUCUGAACUCGUUGCUCGACCACAUCAUCCCCCUUAACAACGACAUCUGGUACUGGUCCGAUGUGCUGAACUCUUAUACCUACAGUAGCUUGUACACCGUUCAAACAUCGCCAAUACGGUUGUGGGUCUGGACCCAGGAGGUUUAUGCCACAAGCAAGACGCGGUUCCGUUCGCUUUCCAUCAGAGAUUCACCAUCCGACUUGGUCGAUUCUACGGCGGCCAAGGUGUCGCAGCGAUGGCGCCAGUUCUACGCAAUUGUACGAGACACCAUCCGAGAACGAUCGUUUGCGAAUAUUCAGACAAAGGUUCUUUCGCCAGUGGCAUUCUGCCGGUCCGAGGCUCGCAAAAAGAAGGCUCAGCUUCGCAAACUAAGAGAAAUCACGGCCAGCGGCCUCGGCGUCUUGAUGGAUGAAGGCCUUCAAUUUGGUCACGACGACGACAAGGCGGCAGAACUUCAAGACAGCCACGACCUCAAGGGUGUGGUUGAACACAGUGUCGCGUUGAUGGACAUGGUGCUCAAGGAGGUCUGCACCCUGGACGAGAAUAUCCAUGACUUUGAGGACAAAGUCUUUGCCGGCGUCGAGGAAGACCCUGAGCUAUCCGUGCACCUGGAAGACAGCGUCAUUCCGGACCGGCCGGCCGUCUUGUCUCGAAGGCUGUUGCGCAUCAUUGACAAGACACUGCCGGACCAUGUUCAUCGCAUGCAGAACCUGGCACGAGAGAAUGGCCGGCCCGGCCGCAUCGUCAGGUACUGGCUUCCCAGCCUGAUUGGAGUCCUUUCCUCGACGACUGUUUUGCGCGUCCUCGUCAACCGCCAAGAUCAAAUUAUCAACUGGAUCACGAAUUUUGGUUGCACAGUUCGAGAUUUUUGGCUCAACUGGGUCAUCCAACCGACCGAAAAAGUCAUCAAGACGAUCCGGCACGACGAGUCUAGUGAAAUCGCCAUCAUGAGCCGCGACAGUCUCAAGGUCGACCGCGAAAGCCUGGAGCGCAUGGUGGUUGACUUUGCCAAGGAUAAGCCCCAUUUCGCUACUGGAGGGAACAAGUCCGUCUCCGACGCACAGCUUGCGGAUAUUCGCAGCAAAGUCGCCCAAGGAGACGUUACCCCCGUCCUGAGGGCAUACGAACGGGACCUCCGCAACCCUUUGGCUGGUGCCAUUCGCGGAGAUCUCGUUCGGUCGUUGCUCAUUCAGGUGCAGAAGACAAAGGUCGAUCUGGAGGUGGCGAUGACGGGCAUCGACUCGUUGCUCAGGAGCCAGGAACUAGUGUUUGGCUUCGUGGGCUUAACGCCGGGCGUUCUGGUAUCGUUUGGCAUCCUUCAGUACCUGCGCGGCGUCCUCGGCGGGCGAAGCGGCCUCCGCCAGGCGAGAAAAUCCGGCCGAGCCGUACGAAUCUUGCGCAACAUUGACAGGAUAUUAUCAGAGGCCAGGCCGACAGAAAACAACGUGCUCUCGUACAAGGACCAUGGGCUGCUGUUGUGCGAGGUACACGUGCUCCGCAGCUACUCCAGGAACCUGAUGCCUCGGGACGUCGAGAAGGAGUUUCUGGAGGACUUGGAGGAUUUGGCAAACAUCAAGGGCGUGCAAGUGCAGACCAAGGCUUUGGAAAGAAUUCGCUGGGCGUACGCCAAAUGGCUGAAGUAA